CAGCCGCGGAGCGAGCGGACCCGAGCGGGCGGCCGGGCACUUGCCCGCCCCGUGCCACCGCCGCCGCCGCUCCGGAGCGCAGGACCCGGCAGCCCCGGCGCCCGCCGCCGCCUCCGAUGCGGCCUGGGCACUUUUAGCCGGGCGGGAGGGCCGGAAAGCCGGGCCGCCGAGAGCAGUGAGCCAGCCGCGCCGAGAGCCGCGCCGACCCGCGGGGAGCAGGGACGGACGCCCGCCCGCCGCCGCCGCCGCCGCCGCCGCCCGGCCGCUAUGGAUCUAUUCGACUUUUUCAGGGACUGGGACUUGGAGCAGCAGUGAGCUGGAUUUGUGAUGACGUGUCCGGCAGCAAGAUCGGCAUUGCUUCUUGUGGCUGGUUACUCUGUGAGCUUACGGCACUGGGGAGAAGGAGUGUGGACGAAGAGCCACCGAACAGUUAGAAAGACGACAGCAGCCAAUGACUGGAGGUGUCCCAGCCCAUCCGGUCCUCCCGUACAAGACUAAAAUCACCAUAAGAGAUCUUUCUGCAGGGUCACUAUGAACAAGACCGUAGUGCACUUAAAAAAAGGGAAUGGGAGCGGAGGAAUCAAGAAGUCCAGCAAGAAGACGAUCUCUUUUCUUCAGGCUUUGAUCUUUUUGGGGAGCCCUACAAGACAAACAAAGGGGAUGCACUUGCCAACCGAGUCCAGAACACGCUGGGAAACUAUGAUGAAAUGAAGGAUUUGCUAACUAACCAUUCUAAUCAGAAUCAUCUAGUGGGGAUCCCAAAGAAUUCCGUGCCCCAGACUCCCAUCAACAAAAACGAACCGAGCUUUUUCCCAGAACAAAAGAACCGAAUGCUCCCACCUCACCAGGAUAGCACUCACCCCUCGGCACCAAUGCCUCCACCUUCCGUCGUGAUACUGAAUUCCACUCUCAUACACAGCAACAGGAAAUCAAAAGCUGACUGGCCACGCGAUAGUCAUAACGCUAGUGUUGUCCCAGCCAGCCAGGCCAGUGGUCAGCCAAACAAGCUGCCGCCGUCUACACAGGACCAGCCCCCAGCCCGACUGGAAGACUUCUUUGUCUACCCAGCUGAACAGCCCCAGGUUGGAGCCGUUGAAGAGUCAGACGCUUCUGCAAAAGAAGACAGUAGUCUCAAGUCCAGUGCAGGGGAUACGUUCAAGGAAAUCUUCCAGUCCAUCUCACCAGAAGAAUCUGAAUUUACAGUACAAGCUCCUGGGUCUCCCCUAGUUGCCUCCUCUUUGUUAGCUCCCAGCAGUGGCCUUUCGGUUCAGAACUUUCCACCAGGGCUUUACUGCAAAACAAACAUGGGGCAGCAAAAGCCAACUGCGUAUGUCAGACCCAUGGAUGGCCAGGACCAGGCACUGGAUGUCCCUCCGACACUGAAACCUUCCAUUGAAUUUGAGAACAGCUUUGGGAAUCUGUCAUUUGGAUCACUCUUGGAUGGAAAACCCAGUGCAGCCAGUUCAAAGCCUAAACUGCCAAAGUUCACGAUUCUCCAAACAAGUGAAGUAAGCCUUCCCAGUGAUCCAAGCUGUGUUGAAGAAAUCUUGCGGGAGAUGACCCAUUCCUGGCCUGCUCCUCUCACUGCCAUGCAUACUUCCGGGAACUCUGAGAAGAACACACUUUCCAUCCCAGGACAGGAAUCCCAACACCUGACCCCAGGAUUCACCUUACAAAAGUGGAGCGACCCGACCAGCAGAGCUUCUACGAAGAUGCUUGAGGACGACCUGAAGCUGAGCAGUGAUGAAGAUGACCUUGAGCCUGUGAAGACCUUGGCCACUCACUGCACCGCCACUGAGCUCUACCAGGCUGUUGAAAAGGCGAAACCUAAGAAUAAUCCUGUGAACCCACUCUUGGCCACACCGCAGCCCCCACCUGUGGUGCCAGCCAGCGGGGGAUCUGGCAGCUCCAGUGACUCAGAGAGCAGCUCCGAGUCAGACUCAGACACCGAAAGCAGCACCACUGACAGCGAAUCCAAUGAGGCACCUCGCGCGGCCACUCCAGAGCCUGAGCCGCCCUCAACCAACAAGUGGCAGUUGGAUAAAUGGCUUAACAAAGUGACAUCCCAGAACAAGUCGUUUAUUUGUGGCCAAAAUGAAACACCCAUGGAGACUGUUUCUGUGCCUCCUCCAAUCAUCCAGCCAAUGGAAGUCCAGGUCAAAGUGAAAACAACCCCCAGCCAGGUCCUGGCUGAACCCAAAGAGAGGCCUCUCCUCAGUCUUAUCAGGGAGAAAGCCCGUCCACGGCCGACCCAGAAAACUCCAGAAACAAAAGCUUUGAAGCAUAAGUUGUCAACAACUAUUGAGACAGUGUCUCAAAGGACAAUUGGAAAAAAACAGCCCAAAAAAGUCGAGAAGAACACCAGCAUUGACGAGUUUACCUGGCCCAAACCAAAUAUUACCAGCAGCACCCCCAAAGAAAAAGAAAGCAUGGAGCUUCCUGACCCACCAAGAGGCCGCAACAAAGCCACUGCCCACAAACCAGUCCCUAGGAAGGAACCGAGGCCAAACGUUCCCUUGGCUGCCGAGAAAAAGAAGUACAGAGGGCCUGGCAAGAUCGUGCCAAAGUCCCGGGAAUUCAUCGAAACGGAUUCGUCCACGUCCGAUUCCAACACAGAUCAGGAAGAGACCCUGCAGAUCAAAGUGCUGCCUCCGUGCAUUGCUCCAGGGGGCAAUACUGCCAAAUCCAAGGAAGCCUGUGGUGCCAGCCUGACCCUCAGCUCCUUGGUCAGCAGUAGCAACAACAGCCUAACCACCAGUGGUGAGGAGCCAGCAUUUUCACCCAUCCCUGUCACGCAAACCGAGCUGCUGUCCCCUCUACGAGACCACGAGAACCUGAAAAAUCUCUGGGUGAAGAUUGACCUUGACCUGCUGUCUAGAGUGCCUGGCCACCACUCAGUGCAAGCAGCGCCAGCCAAGCCGGACCACAAGGAGACUGCGUCCAAGCCCAAGCGCCAGACCACUGCUGCGGCCGCCGAAAAACCCGUCCCUAAGGGCAAGCGUAAGCACAAGCCAACAGAGAUCGCAGAGAAAAUCCCUGAGAAGAAGCAACGCCUGGAGGAGGCCACCACUAUUUGCCUGCUGCCCCCCUGCAUCUCACCAGCCCCACCCCACAAGCCUCCCCACGCUAGAGAAAACAGUUCAUCCAGGAGAGCAAAUAGAAGGAAAGAAGAAAAGCUGUUCCCUCCUCCACUUUCCCCACUGCCGGAGGACCCUCCACGCCGCAGAAACAUCAGUGGCAGCAGUGGCCCCUUUGGUCAAGACAAAAACAUCCCUAUGAUCGGACAGAUCGCCUCUACCAAACCCAAGAGGAGUGAAGGCAAAUUCUGUGCUACUUUCAAAGGGAUAUCCGUAAAUGAUGGAGACACUCCAAAAAAGACACCCUCUGCCACCGUCACGGUUACCAACACAGCUAUUGCCACUGUUACUGCUACUGCCAUUGUCACUGCCACUGUCACGGCCACCGCGACCGCCACUGCCACAGCCACUACCACAACCACUACGACAACCAUCUCCACCAUCACCUCUACCAUCACCACUGGCCUCAUGGACAGCAGUCACCUGGAGAUGGCGUCCUGGGCAGCCCUGCCCCUUCUGUCCAGCAGCACCACCAAUGUCCGGAGACCCAAGCUCACUUUUGACGACUCGGUUCACAAUGCUGAUUAUUACAUGCAAGAGGCUAAGAAGCUGAAGCACAAAGCUGAUGCACUGUUCGAGAAAUUUGGCAAAGCCGUGAAUUAUGCCGAUGCAGCCCUGUCCUUCACCGAAUGUGGCAAUGCAAUGGAACGCGACCCUCUGGAAGCCAAGUCUCCGUAUACCAUGUACUCCGAGACUGUGGAGCUCCUCAGGUACGCGAUGAGACUGAAGAACUUUGCGAGCCCCUUGGCUUCAGACGGGGACAAAAAGCUGGCGGUAUUAUGCUACAGAUGUUUAUCACUUCUCUACUUGCGGAUGUUCAAGCUGAAGAAGGACCAUGCUAUGAAGUACUCCAGAUCACUGAUGGAAUAUUUUAAGCAAAACGCUUCAAAAGUCGCUCAGAUACCAUCUCCCUGGGUAGGCAAUGGAAAGAACACUCCAUCCCCGGUGUCUCUCAACAACGUCUCUCCCAUCAAUGCAAUGGGCAGCUGUAACAACGGCCCGGUCACCAUCCCCCAGCGCAUUCACCACAUGGCCGCCAGCCAUGUCAACAUCACCAGCAACGUGUUACGGGGCUACGAACACUGGGACAUGGCCGACAAACUGACAAGAGAGAACAAAGAAUUCUUCGGUGAUCUGGACACACUGAUGGGGCCCCUGACCCAGCACAGCAGCAUGACCAAUCUCGUCCGCUACGUUCGCCAGGGACUGUGUUGGCUGCGCAUUGAUGCCCAUUUGUUGUAGUGGGUGCGCCCCCAUCUCCAGCAUCGCCACCCAUCACUCUACCUCUACCAGAGCACCAACGGUCACUGGUGGAACUCCACUCAUUUGGGAAAGUUCUCUUUGCUUAUGUUUGUUUUUAUGCUUCUUUUGAUAUCUGUGAAAAACAGAAGUCAUUGUAAGUGGACACUACAACUUGAGAGCAGUAUAUGUUUUAUUACUUAGUCAUUUUUCAGUAUUUUAUAUGCAUUUCUCAGAUCCCACCAUCCUUUUGUGCUUGAUACAAUGACACAGUCCCUACAGUAUUGUUUUAAGUCCACACUACCCAAAACAAAGAAUGGGAAGUACUUGUGAUGAUAACAGGUUCCUGAGAAAUGAAACGAUAUGUCAUAUAUAUAUAUAUAUAUAUAUAUAUAUAUAUAUAUAUAUAUAUGAACUUAGACACAAAGGACCUACUAAGAUUCAAAUUUUCCGCAAUAGCCAUUCCCCAAACUAUACUCUUAUGUCCAGAAAAGAACGUAUUUCAGAAUCCAUUUUAAACUUUUGGGGUUCCCACGACUCAGUCUCCAGGUGAGAAUUUUCAUUGUCAAAACCCACUGGUUAGAUGUUGUAGCCACAUCAUAAAAUCAAGAGUAUUAAGAAAACAAAUAAGUAUAGCAAUGGCACUCUUAAAACAAUACUAUGGCAGACAACCAGAGGACUUUCUUGCUGACAUCCCUUCCCUGAUGCCCUAUUUUUAAAAUUUUAAUGAGAUGAAGUGGCAACAUUGAUUUCGACAACUUUAAGACAUCGGCUGGCAUUAAAUAUCUUGGAACUCCUUGAUCUGAAGCAUAAAUCCUCACCUGGGAUUCUCUUUUGUGUAAAGCUCUCCUUUUGAGGGGCAGUUAAGUGGGUGCAUGCCCUAGGUGCCAAAAUACUGCACUCUGGUUUUAGAGAUGAGAGAUGAGGAGAGGUCUGGAAAUGUCCAAGGAACUCAUACCUCUGCAUCUUUGCAGUUGGUAGGCAGGUCCAUUACUGGCAGGAUAUUUUUAUUGUAUUCUGCUCAAAUCUCUGGAAACAAAAGUCAAGUUAUCACUACCUAGGAGUUAGAAUAUACAGUUCGCUUCCAAUUAUAAUCCACAUUUUCUAGUUCACAGUGUUUCUCCUCCUCCUCCUCUUCCUCUUCCUCCUCCUCUUCCCCAUCUUCCUCCUCUUCUUACUCCUCUUCCUCCUCCUCCUCCCUCCUCUUCUUCUCCUUCUCCUUCUCCUUCUCCUUCUCCUUCUCCUUCUCCUUCUCCUUCUCCUUCUCCUUCUUCUUCUUCUUCUUCUUCUUCUUCUUCUUCUUCUCCUUUUCUUCUUCUUCCUCUUCCUCUUCCUCUUUGAUCUUUCUUUACCUUUUUUGGAGCUCAUUAGCUUUUGACUGAAAUACUGAAAUCACUGAUGUUAUUAAAGUCUAUAUUAACAUAAAUCAUUUCCAUGAACAUUCCAGAGAAAACUCCAAACUCUCUAAGUAGUGGCUAGCCCUUUAACAAAAAAUGAGUCUUGGGGUAAUGCUUCACCCUAGGGUGCUUUGAAAGAGCCCUGAAGAUUGGCAACAGCUCACUUAAUUUGGAGACAUUUCCACAUCACUUGUAAUUAUCCCCACCCCUUCUGAUCCUCCACAUUCAUUUUAUGUCCCCAAACAUCACCAUGUAAAUAUCAUCUUUGGUGUUCCAUCUCACCAGAAGAAUCCCUCACCUGUAGUCAACACUAGUCAUACAUUAGUUCUUUAUAAUUACCUGCUGGUAUAUAAUUCCACGUCGCCUUGAAUCUGUUGAGUUUAUUGAAUUCUGUUCACUGAGCGAUGACCAGAUAAAUAGUAGACAUAUGCACAUGAAAGGUGCAAACUUGUAUGAUUCUUAAAGCCUGUCAUGCAAGUCUGUGAUAGGAACAGCAAGGGAUCACCCUGCACUCUCAUUGUCAAGGUUAAGAUACAUUCCCAAUUGCAAAAGAGCCAGACUCAAGCUCCGCUCUGGUCAUCGUUGAGUUUAAGACCCUUUUAUAAUAAGGUUGUGGAAGUUGUACUCCAAUGGCUGAGGCCAUGUUGUCAGGUGACUGCUGGGAGCAUCCCAGCAGCUGAACCCACCACUUUCUAUGCUCCCAGUGUGGUUGAGCUUUACAUUCGCGGUCUCCGCAACAACACACACACACAUACAGACGUGCACACAAAUGAAACCUGAGAGAAUCUUCUCUGAGCCUCUUAAAUGGGGAAAAUGAUAAUAUGAAAGACUCCAAACAUCCAAGGUGGGUGUCACAUAUAAAAAUUAAGCUGAUGGUUUUGCAGUGACUCAAGUUCUCUGUUCAUUUUUCCAUGGCUUACCAGGUAGAGUGCCUGACUAUUACUAUAUAAUGAAGCCCACUGGCUUGACUUGUAAGUUCAACCUAAACCACGAUCCUAGACCAUCACAGAUUUAGGGGUAGAUUCUUCUUGAAAUUCAGUCUCCAGAAACUAGACACUCGAACGCUAGGGGCAGUUUCCAAAAAGAAACCAGCAUCUUGCCUCGUGGAUGAAAGACCUGUAGCUCUAGUUUCAGCGAGUCCUUUUAUCUACUUUACAUACAACAGGGAGGCAGCAGAGAAUCCCGCUGCCUGAUGUCACCUCGGGUGGCUGACUAUUAUACAGUGUGUGCCCAAUCAGCAACACAAUGAUCAAAUCUGACAGUUGAGUCCAGGAUCACCACCUGAUUAUUUAGCAGACCCAUUUGUAAAGCAGCUUAGAAGCCAAUUAAACAUGGAGGAGGAAUGGCCUUCCUAUCCCUGGAGAUGAGACGGUCUUUGGUUUCACGAUUAAGGAUUGUUGCUGUUUUCUAGGUGCUGUAGCCAUCACAUUGUGAAUGGUGAUGUGUGUCGUAGGUGUGCGGCUUAUGUGAGGGACUGAGAUAUUUUGUCAAGUAAAUCUCUUCAGUGUACCAGUCUGUGGGAGGGAUGUAGGACAUGUGGAUGGCAGUGAGAGAUCCUGCCUGGAGACCUUGACAGAGGCUUGGUGAGACACAUCUCAAUGAGCACACGGAGGUAGGGGAAUGGGCAGAGUAAUGGGAAGCUCCACCUGACACAGAAGGAUCUCGGCCCUGCUACGUGACCCAGGUAGGGCCACCACUAUGCCUUCUUUUGUCACCCAAGCUCCAACCACAGGGAGUUUGACAAGUUCGUGUGAGGAUGUUGGCUUGGCUUUGUAUUUUUAAUUAACUUUGGAUUUUUUAGUGGUUUUGUCAUAUUACUGUCUGAGUUUGGUAGGUAGGAUUAAUUUGGAAAAGAGUAUACUAGUGUGGUCCUCGGGGUAGAAUUUAGCCGUAAGCAUGUUGUUAGCCAGCCUGUAGACUGUUAAUUACUUAAUAAUCUCAUUGGGAAAAUACUCGUAGUUUUAUAUUUGGGUGACAUAAUUGGAAAAGCAGAUUAGCUGCUGCUAACUUUUAAAAGACUUGAGGUUGACAUAAAAAAUUCCAAAUCUUCAGUCAAUAACCAAGUUGCUAAAUUGGAAACCAUUGGCUAAAAUGUGUUUUGUUGAGUUUCCAAAUGUCCGGAUCUGCAUUUGGACAUUGCACCGCUAAAUGCAUUGGAAAGAUACUUGCUCUGGCGUAUCUUUCCCAAAGCUGUCUGAUUCGGAGUUAGUUUUAUUCAGAUUUGCAUCCUGGAGGUUGAAGUUGGAGUAUGAAGUUGGAAAGCAUUUUUGAAGGCAGAAUCAAUUGAGCUGUGAGGGCUCCCCCCUCACGUACUUCUCAACAGACAUGAUAACAUUCACCUGCGUGAAUUGGCAGGUGCGAGAACCAAACUGGAUUGCUGGGUAGGACUACUCAGUAAGGCAAUGAACUCCUUGCUUAGAGAAGCAUCAC